GACCGUCUCCCCGUAGCCGGGGGCGCAUCCGUGCUGCCCCACACUGUCGCUCCCGUUUCGUUACCAAACAAGUCGGAGCGCGUUUAGGACCAGAGCCCACUGCUGCCGGCAUCUUUCUCAAACAGACAGAGCUACAUUCAGAAGGUGGACUGUUCUGUGUAAUUCGUGCAGAAUAGGGCCACAGCCAGGAGCCCAGCGCACGCCUGAGUGACCACAGCUUCACCGCCAAGUCAAGCAGAGUCCCUGGGAGCACCACCACAGCGGACCCAACGCACCAGGCUAAAAAUGCCACUUUUUGGCUGGAUGAAGUGGCCAAAAUAUGAUUCCUACAAACCCACACACUACCCUGGCUCCGAAGCCGUGACGAAGACUCUGCUUCGGGAACUGAAAUGGCAUCUGCAGGAGCGAGAGAGAUUAAUACAAGAGAUCGAAAAUGAACAGAAAGUGAGAAAAACAGGUGUGGAUUACAGCUGGCUGAGAAACUACCAGAAUCCCUACGCGACCAUCCCAGCUACCGAACAAAGACAACUUGAAGUCCUUUGCUCCCAAGUUCAGCCUUGUCAAACUGGAACUAUUCUCAGCAGAUUUCGAGAAGUUUUAGCAGAAAACGAUGUGCUGCCAUGGGAAAUAGUCUACAUCUUCAAGCAAGUUCUGAAAGACUUCCUAACCAGUCCUAGCAAAGGUAACCAGCAAGAAGGCCCAGAAGAGUCAGGGGACACAGACCGUCCUGUUCCGUCUGUGAUCCUGGGCACAAGCUCCAGGAGUUCCGAUAAAGACGAAAUACCCACGAUUUCCAGCUACGUGGACAAAACCACAAAGAACAAGUUCCCAGUGUUCUCACAUAGGAUAUGGAACCUACCCUAUUAUUACCCAUCGAGUUAAGUUACUUAUAACCGGAAGA